AUGAACUUCCUUACUACUGCGUUACUUUUGACAAUAAACCACAAGACAUCGGCUUGUGGUGGACUUGUCCCAAUGCACAUACAGCGCGCGGCAGCUGCCUCGGGGAGGCAUAUUCUGAGGCGAGACACGCCUCCCCUGGAGUCUCCAACGAACCAAAACAACAUCACACACUGGACAGUGGAUCAGAACACAAGGCAGAUGCAGCUAUCUGACGACGCUUUCAAUGCCCGAGAUCUAGCUCGCUUCAAUCAUGAUGAAAAUGUCAAGGUCUAUCAAGAGACGGCCAUCAGAAACCUGACAGAGCAUCUCGAAGACAUUGUAGUCGUGUACUCCAACACUGACUUGACCCUGCAUAAUCACGACUACAAGAUCUUGUUCGGAGAAGGAGAUUGGACAGUGGCCGUUGAGACUAUCACCGGCAUUCAGAAUGGCCCCUUGACUAAUCUUGACGGCACCUAUCUACCUUCUACAAACAAGCCAGUCCAAUACGACUUGAUGACGAUCGCCCGCUGGAACGACGGAUGGAUGCUUGGCGUGUUGCCGAACAGACCGGCCGAGAAUCUACCUGAUCUGGAACUGAAUCUUGCGUCGCCGCUAUCAGCGGGUCCCAACAACACAGACACCUCAUACCUUAACAAAGCCUACAUGGCACAGUCCGAUAAUGCUCUGAAUGACGGUAACUUUACUUUGGAAGGCCUCAAAUUAUCGCCGAGUGCCGAGAUCUUCGGCCUUUCUGAUCAGCCACUGAGUCCGCAGGGAUACAUCGACUGGCUUAACAAUAUGAAGACCGCAUUUCCCGAUCUACGACUCGAAAAUCAACCCUACCGACAGACCGUGGGCCAGGGGGACUGGACUGCUUCCGCUGCCUUUCUCAGCGGCACUCGCAAGGGUGAACUGGUUCUGCCCGAGUACAUAUCUGGAAAGCCGAUCUCGGCCACUGGGAAAGACUUUGACCUGUUGCAUUACACGAUUGCUAGGUGGCAGGACGGCACAAUUGUUGGUCUCCGAGUCAACUGGGACCUCUUUGACCUGGUCAGUGCGCUGGGCAUCUCUCUGUAA